AAAUUAGAUGGCAAUGCCAAUGCCACCGAGUAAAAAAAUAAAAUAUAAAGUAACGAGAAGAGGGGUUGUAUGUGUAUUUUAAGAAGGGAGGAGGAAUGUAACUCAAUUUACCCAUAUGCACAAAGGGUAAAAGAAUGCUGUAAAGAAAUUAAGAUUCUCACAGCUUGAAGUAUCAAAAAGCAGCUGUGAAUAAAGAUCCCAAAAAUCUGAUUGGUUUGCUGUUUGCCCAAAUUGGGCUAUAAUACAAGAUGGCAGAAAUUGUAGAAGCAGAUAAUUACGAAGCCAUAGUUACCAGAAUCGAGCAUAAGUCCCGCAAGAUCGAAAGCUUACUCAAACAGUAUAAACCAGUGGAAGCUCUGAAAACAGCCCUAGAAGGAUCACCUCCUAAGACCAAAGAUGAAAGAUGCAAGUCUGCUAAUUGGAUAGUGGUGCAUAGGGCUAUAAUGGCUAUCAAGGAUGUGGAUAGCUUGUUCUCUGCGUUGGAUCCGGAGUACUAUGAUAUUCUCAUGAAGUACUUGUACAGAGGUUUGUCUACUGGAGACCGCCCAACAUGUGACCAAUGCCUAAAGAUCCAUGAGAAACUAACGGAAAAAGCUGGUUUGGGAUGCAUACUGCGUUGUCUUGCUGACACUCUGAAUACUGUGUGACCGAUACCUGUUUAUUAAAGAUGGAAGAACACAAUACUGUAGCAAUUUAUGUGGGGUGGGGGGAGAAAGUCAUCACUACUGAUGAAUUUUUACGUAGGAAGUGCACUUGUAUAUCGUCUUUGCAGCUCUAUUGAAGUUGAGAUUCAGUUUAGCUUAUUUUCGAAGGGCUGCUUCCGGUCUUUAAAUAUAUGAACUUCACCAAGACAGAUAAAGAUUUAUGCUACUCUUUUUGUUUCA